CUUUCUGUCCUCUUUAUAAACUGUGGUCCUCAGCUCAUUUUCCUCAGGUCUUGCAUGAGCUGCUGAAUCUGGAAGUGGCUCUUCAACACCCCUAAUCAUGGCCUUCUGCUCGACCUUGAUGCCUCUUCUGCUAAGCCUCCUCCUGUUUCCCAGCUCUGUUCUCUGCUGUCUGAAUGGGACUCAAGCCCAAUGUGAUGCUACUCCAUUUGUACCAGGCCACAACCUGGUAGGAGAAGGUUUUGAUGUGGUCAAACUGCGCAGAAAAGGCGCUUAUGUGAUUGAUUUUAAGACUUAUCUGAGCUCCAGUGGAACCUGUACCCUCUGCUCCAACCCUCUUCAAGGGAACAAGCUCCAGAAACUACCAUCUUCUGUAGUGGACUGGCGUGCAUUCAGCACAUGCAGUGCUGAUAUCUACAACAGUUUUCACACUUCUUCAAGCUCGCUGGUUAAUACUUACACAACCCAAGACAGCAGUGACUGGACGUUUGGAUUGGAUAUACAUGAUCAUAACGCCUCUGGCAGUCUGCAGCUGGGAGGAACCCGCUCUUCUGCCUACAAUUUUGCUUCUGAACGAACAAGAGAGGACCGAUACACUUUCAGCACCCACAGGGUCACCUGUGCCCAUUAUGGUUUCCGUGUGUCAAGCACUCCAUCCCUCAGCCCAGAAUUUAGAUCCCACUUAAACUCACUGCCAAGUCACUAUGACUCCAACAGUACUGCUGCGUACAAGGAUGUCCUAAACAUCUACGGCACACACUACAUCAGACAGGUGGAUCUUGGGGGCCGAAUUAGAAGAGUGACGUCUUCACGCACCUGUUUGUCCUCCCUUAAUGGCCUGACCUCAGAUGAGGUCCACUCCUGUUUAUCAAGGGGUAUUUCUGUCGGCCUUGGAAAGAUUGAGGCUAAUAGUGUCUCUAGUUCUUGCAAAGAUGUUCUAGAAAACCAUGACUCUUCCACCCAAUACAGCUCCGGUCUCCACAUACACUACACUGAAGUAUCAGGAGGAAAUGGUUGGUUAGGGGAGUUUUCCAUUUCUAAAAACGAUUCUGCUGGCUUCUCAGCUUGGCUGAACAGCCUCAAAGAUUAUCCAGAUGUUGUUUGGUACUCCCUCCGCCCACUUUAUGAGCUAAUGCCAAGCAGCUCACAAAAGACAGGGAUGAAGGUUGCUAUUGAGCAGUAUUUGGAGAGCAAUGCUAUGAAGGUCUCACCUAAAGAACCAACCUGUUCUGGUGUUCCCAACCUGGGCACCAACUGCUGUCCAAAGGAGGCCUCAAAGGGGACCCUGUCUGUGACAAUUGUCCGAGGCUGGGAUCUCAAAGGAGAUCCAGUUGUGACAACUAAAGCUUAUGUUAUUAUGUCGUAUGGCUCCAUAAACCACCAGACCAGCACAAUCCAUUCAAACAAUCCAACUUGGAAUGCUGAGUAUAAUUUGGGCCAUGUGGACACACAAGAUUGGCUGAAAAUUGAUGUUUGGGACUGGGACCCUGGAUAUGAUGACCUUAUGAUUUCAUGCAGUAAGCAACUGAGCCAGUGGAGCAACUCUUUCACCUGCUCUGGGAUGGGAAACAUAGAAGUGAAAUACUCUCUGAAGUGUGAUCCCUACCUCACUGGAGACAGAUGCGACCAGUAUAAACCUGCUCCACAGUAAAAAAACUGGAUGUCAUCAGUUAAUUCAUUGACCUUAAA